GUGCUCGUUGAUACAACAUCUCGAGUAUUACAAAUAUUGGCAUUAGCUAUUUCUUCUGGUUCAUCAAUUUUACUUGAAGGUUACGUAGGAUCUGGUAAGACCAUGAUCAUCGAAUAUUUAGCAAAAGUGACAGGACGCAUAGGCCCACCCAAUUUUAUCAAAGUCCAAAUGAGCGAUCAAAUGGAUAGUAAAUCUCUAUUAGGUGCGUAUUGUUGUACUAACGUACCUGGAGAAUUUGUAUGGAGGCCCGGUGCUUUAACUCGUGCGGUGCAAGAAGGAUAUUGGCUUCUCUUAGAAGAUAUUGAUUGUGCUCCAAUGGAUGUUAUUUCGAUUCUGCUUCCAUUGCUUGAGACCGGCCGCUUAACUAUUUUAGAACAAAAUGCAGUAAUUAGAGUACAUCCUGACUUUCGACUCUUUGCGACAUACAGAUUGCCACUAGAUGAGAAAGAAGGUUACACCCCGAAUAUGUACAGCGAAUUUACAUUACUCUGUUUGUACUUGACAAGAGUCCAUCUGCCAAGUUUAACUGAUAUUGAGUUAAUGAAGGUAUAUAUCGUGGCUACCAUCCGAUUUCCUAAUAUAACCACCAUCCUUAAGAAGAUUCUAGAGGUUUACGAAAUACUAAGAGAGGAAAAACGCAAUCUAAGUGGUAGUUAUUUCUGCGGUAGUACACGAUUAUUAUCUACGAGGUAUAUGUGCAUUUUUAAAAUGAACGAAUUUGAGAUUGCUGCACCCUAUGUUAUUGUUAAAUGGAAGAAAUGCAGAGGUUUUGCAAUAACUCAUAGACUUAUUCUAUCCUAUAUGAAUGAUGUUAACAUUAAAAGAUUUUCAUUUACAAGACAAGCAUGCAUUCUGUUGGAACGUAUUACAAAGUGCAUUAAACUGCAGGAACCAGUUCUUCUAGUUGGUGAGACUGGUACUGGUAAAACAAGUACUAUUCAAUUUCUAGCUCGAGAAUUAGGUCACAAAUUAACUGUCAUUAAUAUGAGUCAGCAAAGUGAUACCGUUGAUUUAUUAGGCGGAUUUAAGCCUGCCGAAUUAAGAUAUGUAAUUACCCCAUUCCGUCAAAAGUUUGAGACCUUAUUUUGCCAAACCUUCUCAAAGAAGCAGAAUAUAAAAUUUCUUGGCCAUAUUCAAGAAUCAUUUAGACGCCAAGAAUGGAAUGCAAUUUUAAAACUUUGCGAACACGCUAUAGUUUCUGCUAUAACAAAAUUAGCAGAUACUAGCCAUAAAGAUACUUUAAGAAGUAAUUGGGUCGAACUAAAAAGCGAAAUAGAUACACUGAAAAAGCAGAUUAAAUUCGUUGAAAGUGCGCUGCUAUUCUCCUUUAAAGAAGGCGCCUUAACAGAAGCCUUAAAAAAUGGUGAAUGGAUAUUAUUAGAUGAAAUUAACUUGGCUUCAUCUGAAACGCUAGAGUGCUUAAAUAGCAUAUUGGAAAGCAAAUUUGGUUCUAUUGCUUUGACAGAGAAAGGAGAUAUAAUGCCUGUCCUGAGACAAGAAGGAUUUCAUUUAUUUGCUUGUAUGAAUCCCGCUAACGAUAUUGGUAAAAAGGACAUCCCUACUGGUAUUAGGAACAGAUUCACAGAAGUAUUUGUUGAUGAGUUAUUACACGAGAAUGACCUAAAGAUAUUAGUUACAGAUUAUAUGGAAGGUUUAGCGCUAUCUGGCUUACAAAUUGAUGGUAUAAUAAAGUUUUAUCUGCAAGCUAGAAAAUUAUCGGAAGUUUCUUUAAGUGAUGGAACUGGACGUAGGCCUAAUUUUACUCUUAGAACUUUAUGUAGGGCAUUAAACCUAGCAUCAACUAACCCCUGUGGGACUAGUAUUAGAUCCUUGUACGAAUGUUUUUGCAUACCUCUGCCCCAGCCUCAUGCUAGCAAGAAUGUUCCGAUUGAAGGAUAUUGGAUCGAUGCCGGAGAAAAAAUUAAAAAAAUCGAUGAAAAUUAUAUUAUGACUCCAACUGUAAAGCAGCACUUGAAAGACCUUGCUAGAAUAGUUUCUCUAAGUUACUUCCCUAUACUAUUACAGGGUGAAACUUCCGUUGGUAAAACAAGUCUUGUACAUUGGCUAGCUGAGGCUACAGGUAAUCAUUGUGUACGUAUUAAUAAUCAUGAACAUACCGAUCUACAAGAAUAUAUUGGAUGUUACACUGCCAAUGAGAAUGGCAAACUAUAUUUUAAGGAAGGUAUUCUGCCCAUGGCUAUGCGUAAAGGCUAUUGGAUUAUAUUGGAUGAAUUAAAUCUCGCUCCAAGUGAUGUAUUAGAAGCUCUUAAUCGAGUUUUAGAUGAUAACCGAGAACUUUUUAUCACUGAAACACAGGAAGUAGUUCCAGCCCACCAUCGGUUCAGAAUUUUUGCUACGCAAAAUCCUGCUGGUCAUUACGGUGGAAGAAAGAUUUUAUCGAGAGCCUUUAGAAAUCGUUUUAUUGAAUUACACUAUGACGAAAUUCCAUCAAAAGAAUUAAUAACAAUACUAUGUGAACGUUGCAAACUUCCGGAAUCGUAUGGUCAGAAGCUUGUCAAAGUAAUGCAUAAUCUACAGACACUUCGAUGCCAGUCUAAUGUUUUUGCUGGUAAAAGAGGCUUUAUCACAUUACGAGAUUUGUUCCGUUGGGCUGAACGUUAUCGCAAUGCUGAAAGAAGUGAUGAAAAAAAAUUUUAUGACUGGGAUCAGCACCUGGCCGACGAAGGUUAUAUGCUGUUAGCAGGUAGAGUGCGCUGCGAAAGUGAAGAGCAAGUCAUUAUAGAUGUUAUCAAAAAGCACUUUAAAAGAGAAAUUAACCCGGAAUUACUAUAUGGAUCAAAUAAUGAACGAAUGCUUACUACUUCAACGCAUUGGUCGGAUACUACACGUACAUCAUUAAAUGCUAUUAUGUCUUUACAGGAUGGCUAUACGGAGACACCACGUGUUGUACUAACCCAUAAUUUUCGAAGGCUCGCUGUUCUUGUUAGCCGUGCUUUGAGUUUUGGUGAACCUGUAUUACUAGUAGGUGAAACUGGCUGCGGUAAAACGACUGUUUGUCAGGUAUUUGCAGAAUUAUAUAGGCAGGAAUUGUUCACUGUCAAUUGCCACAUGCACACCGAUACCGCUGAUUUUAUUGGUAACUUACGACCAUUACGUCAGUGCGAUACCACUGAAAGUGCAGAUUCCAAAAAUAGCAUACUUUUUAAAUGGUAUGAUGGUCCGCUAGUGACGGCUAUGCAAUCUGGAGGUAUGUUUCUUAUUGAUGAGAUAUCCUUAGCUGAUGAUUCGGUGCUUGAAAGGUUGAAUAGUGUCUUAGAGUCUGAUAAGAGACUCUUAGUUUUAGCGGAAAAGGGGGCCACAAAUGCUUCCUUAACUGAUGAAGUUGAGCAGAUUAUCGCCCACCCUAAAUUUAAAGUUGUCGCUACAAUGAACCCUAGCGGUGACUAUGGUAAGAAGGAGUUAUCUCCAGCCCUUCGCAAUCGAUUUACAGAGAUUUGGUGCCCAGUAACUAGUAUUCGUCACGACUUAAUGAUGAUUAUCGAAAAUAACUUAACGUUACCUACUAGCAGCGAUGAAAAGAGAUUAAUAGGCCAAAAUAUCUUGAACUUUAUUGAUUGGUUUUCGAAAUCAAAGUUAAUUAAUAACUUCGUAUUUAGUAUAAGGGAUUUACUAUCGUGGACUAAUUUUAUUAAUGUAUGUACUGCUAAAUAUGAAAUGAAUUCUUGCUUAUCAUACAUACAUGGGGCUUGUCUGGUUUUUAUCGAUGGUCUUGGUUCUGGCAGUGGAUUGACCAAUAAUACUGCGUCUAUUUCAAAUAGCAGACAGAGUUGUUUUGACUUCAUUAUUAAUCAAAUUGCUAAUACUAGUAUCUAUAAUAACAUACAGAUUCAAGUAAACAAGAUAGUCGGUAGUCAACCGAAAAAUUUGAUUAUCAAUUCAUCACCCGAAAUGUUUUCAAUUGAAUAUUUUUCAAUAUCGAAAGGAAGUAAAUAUAGCUAUGAUAGCUUUAAUUAUGCAAUAGAAGCUCCAACAACUAUAUUCAAUGCGUUACGACUUCUGCGAGGAUUGCAGCUAAAUAAACCUAUCCUACUAGAGGGCUCACCGGGUGUUGGUAAAACCAGCUUAGUAACAGCCCUUGCUAAAGCAACCCUUAAUGAAGUAGUAAGGAUAAAUCUGUCUGAGCAAACCGAUAUUACUGAUUUAUUUGGCUGUGAUCUUCCAGUUGAGGGUGGCAAUAGCGGUGAAUUUAGGUGGAGAGAUGGCCCAUUCUUAUCGGCGUUAAAAGCAGGCAAAUGGAUAUUACUAGAUGAAUUAAAUUUAGCCUCGCAACCAGUCUUAGAGGGUCUUAAUGCUUGUUUCGAUCACAGAGGAGAAGUCUUUAUUCCAGAGCUAGGUCUGACCUUUAAUGUCCAACCAAAUACUCGAAUCUUUGCUUGCCAAAAUCCUCUUGGACAAGGUGGUGGUAGAAAAGGCCUUCCCAAAUCAUUUAUCAAUCGCUUUACUCAGGUGUAUAUCGAUCCAUUGACGGAACAGGACUACUUAUUUAUUUGUAAAAGUACAUAUCCAACUUUAGAUACUGAUUUAUUGCAGAAAAUGAUUACAUUCAAUUCUCUAAUCUAUAAAGAAGUCACGAUUGAGCGUAAAUGGGGUUUAACUGGUAAUUUGUGGGAAUUUAAUUUAAGAGACUUGUUUCGCUGGUGCGAACUGUUGUAUCGUUACCAAGAAAUCGGUGAAGUAAACCCGGGACGCUUUGUUGAGUUAAUUUAUGCAUCUAGAAUGCGAACUGAUGGUGAUAGAGAAAUGAUAUAUAGAUUAUAUAGUGAGUGCUUUUGUGAUCAAGACAACCAUUUGGAUCCAAAGCUCCAGCUGUAUAAAUCUUGUCAUCAAUUUUGGCUGUCGUCUGACUUUGUUCAGCUUGGUUAUACCUGUCUUCCGCGUCGCUUAAUAUCUGGCAAUAACAUUGAAAAUAGGGAAUACUACAUUUUACAAAAUAUAUUGCAGCCGCUAGAAGCUGUCGCAACGUGUAUGGAGAUGCAAUGGAUGCCUAUAAUAAUUGGCAAUAGUAGAUGUGGUAAAAGUUCUUUAGUAAGGAUACUUUCCGAACUUACUGGUAACAUCUUAAAAGUGCUUCCUGUAAAUAGUUCAAUGGAUACUACAGAAUUGCUCGGAGGUUUCGAGCAGGUGUCAAUAACGCGACAUAUAAAACAGUUAAUAGAAUCCAUAGAUAAUCUGGUAUUUUUAUGCAGUAACAGAUUUACAUCGGAACAAUUUAAUCGAGAUUCUGAUAUAUCCAAGUUAUUCUAUAAGUGGCUGUCAUUUAAGAAUAUAUACGAUAGUAACUUAGGGUUUGAAAAUUCGUUUUGGCAAAUAGUAGAUUAUCUGGACGAUAUCAUAGAUAACAUAACGAAAUCUUUUGAAGUAUUUAGCUUUAAUGAUGAUCUACAAAAGAUACCAAGAGAAAUUCAAAAGGUUAAGAAAAUGUAUCAACAACAUGCGAAUAAACUAGGAGGUCAAUUUGAAUGGAUUGAAAGCAUUGUAGUUGAAGCCAUGAAGAAUGGUUACUGGCUUCUCAUUGACAACGCUAGUUUUUGUAAUGCGUCAGUACUAGAUCGUCUUAAUCCGCUACUGGAACCUAACGGGUCUUUAGUAAUUACCGAACGUGGCAUGCUUGAUGGUUCACUAGAAAACGUUCGACCACAUCCUAAUUUCCGAAUCAUUAUGUGUGUUGACCCUAAGCAUGGAGAUCUAUCAAGGGCUAUGAGAAAUCGUGGUAUUGAGAUAUUUCUUAAUGAUUCUUUUAGCGUCCAAGAUAUUCAUACAUUAUGUAGAGCCACUGGAUUGCGCGAUACUGCUAUGUUAGAUCUUAUAGCGAAGCAAAUGGUAUCACUUGACGACGGUACAGGUCAGAAUAUGAAGUUAAUAAUGUUAAGAUCAUAUUAA